CCAGGUUCUGCUACCUCCCUGUUGGGUCCUCCAGAAACCAGCCGGCUCCGAGCCCCCGAAAAGCCUCUCCCGGCAGCCAUGGAAGGGUAUUUCUCUGCGGUCCGCAAGAUGGAGCACACGGUGAUGUUCCCCAGCCUCCUCCGAGAGGUCUCCUUAGACGAGCACGACGGCGGGUUGGAAGCGGACUUGGGGGAGGGAGACCUGUACGAAUCCUACACCCUGCUCAAAUCCAUCAAGCAGAUGGCCGAGGGAGGCCUCUUGUCCGUGGCCACCCAGACUUCGCCCAUCGCCCCCGGCCUGAAAGAACAGAAGGGCCAAGAGGGAGCCGACCUCGAAGGACUCUUCUGCUAUCACGUCUCGGGCUUGUACCGGGUGCUCACGCGGCUCACCGAGCGGGCCAAGACGGUGACCUCCAGGUACAACCAGAUCAUGGGGCAGAUCAACCACAGCGAAGUGUCUCUCGGCUGGUGAGGGACCU